AUGAAGGGAGGCAGACAACGAACCUCUCAGGAAAAAAUACUAAUACUUCACCUGAUCUUGAUUCUAUGCUUUUCUCACUAUCCAGGCUAUAACGCCACAGUUUUAGCCUACGGGCAGACGGGCUCCGGGAAGACCUAUUCCAUGGGCGGGGCUUACACCACUGACCAAGAAAACGACCCCACAGUCGGAGCCAUUCCACGAGUCAUCAUGAUGCUUUUCCAAGAGCUGGAGCAGAAAGUGGAUUGGCAGUUUACCUUGAAAGUCUCCUAUUUGGAGAUUUACAAUGAAGACAUCUUAGAUCUGUUGGCAGCGGGCAAAGAAAGAGCUCAGAUAAGCAUUCGGGAAAACCCCAAGGGAGACAUUAAGAUUUGGGGUCUCACAGAGCACAUGGUGACAAGUGCACGUGAGACCGUCCUCUGCCUGGAACAAGGCAACAACUCCCGAACGGUUGCAGCAACCGCGAUGAAUACGCAGAGCUCCCGCUCCCAUGCCAUCUUCACCAUGUGCGUGGAGCAGAAAAGCAAGGCUGACAAGAACGUUAGCUUUCUUUCAAAAUUGCAUCUGGUUGACUUGGCUGGUUCGGAGAGGCAAAAGAAGACCAAAGCAGAAGGAAACCGUUUUCGAGAAGGAAUUAACAUCAACAAAGGGCUGCUUUGCCUGGGAAACGUCAUCAGCGCCCUGGGAGACGAAUCCAAGAAGGGCAGCUUUGUCCCUUAUCGUGACUCGAAGUUAACCAGACUUCUUCAAGACUCCUUGGGGGGCAACAGCCACACGCUGAUGAUUGCCUGCGUGAGCCCAGCAGACUCCAACCUUGAAGAGACAUUGAACACCCUCCGCUAUGCCGAUCGGGCCCGAAAAAUAAAGAACAAGCCAAUUGUGAAUAUUGACCCUCAGGCGGCCGAAAUCACCCACUUAAAGCAACAGGUCCAAGAAUUGCAAGUGUUACUGCUUCAAGCGCAUGGGGGAACUCUGCCGGUGUCUCUUCGUGCUGAACCUGAAGAAAACCUCCAAGCCCUGAUGGAGAGAAACCACUCGCUCUUGGAAGAGAAUGAAAAACUCAGCCGUAGCUUGAAUGACGUGCUCGGUCAGAUUACUCCGAUAUUGGAGAGGGGAAUCAUGGAGGAAGAGCAGAACAAGAGGAUCAACCUGAAGCUAGAAGAGCUCCGAGGACACACAGUGUUACACCUGGACCUGCAAAAGCUGCUGACAUCCGUGGAGGACAAAGAACUGAAAGAACAGCUAGAACUAGUAGUGCAGCUGCAACAAAUUAUCACUCAGCUGCUGAAAGAAAUUCCUCCUCCUGUAGCUCACAUGGAUGUAAAGGAACAGCAUGCUGAUUCUGAGUCCUCGGUAGACAUGGAGGCCCCCCAGUCUUCGGGCGACUAUGCCGCUCAGCAUGCUCUCCAGCAAGCUCAGAUGUCCAAGGAGCUGCUAGAACUCAACCAAGCCCUCACUCUGAAGGAGGCCCUGGCUCAGAAGCUCGCCCAGAGCGACCGCCAGCUGGAACCCAUCCAAUGCCAGUCACAGAAUAAUAUCCAGAUCCUGGAAGCGGCGGUAGCCAAACUGCAAAAGGAGAAGGAAGAGUUGCUCCUCGUCCUUCAGGUGACCAAGAAAGACAGUCAAGCCAAGCUGAGCGAGCGUCGCCGGAAACGCCUGCAGGAGCUGGAAGGGGAGAUGAGCGAGCUAAAGAAGAAGCUGAAGGAACAAUCCAAGCUUCUGAACAUGAAAAAAUCCAGCGAGCAGACCGUCUCCAAACUCCACCAAGAGAUCCAGGCCAUGAAAAGUCAACGGGUUCUGCUGAUUCGGGAGAUGAAAGAAGAUGCUGAGAAAUUCCGACAGUGGAAACAAAAAACGGAUAAGGAAGUUGUCCAGCUGAAGGCCAAGGAUCGCAAGCGGCAGUGUGAACUGGUCAGGCUGGAGCAGGACUUCCAGAAGCAAGCCAUGAUCCUCCGGCGGAAAACAGAAGAAGCUGCGGCAGCUAACAAGCGCUUGAAGGAAGCUCUACAUAAGCAACAGCAGGUAGUGAGGAAACGAAAGGACGCUCACAAGCAGGGAUUCGAAGCCGCCACCUCUCGGGUGAAGAACUGGCUGGUGAAUGAAGUCGAAGUCCUCGUGAGCAUAGAAGAAGCUCAGCAUCACCUGAACCACCUUUUGGGUGACCGGAAAACCUUGGCCAAGGAAAUUGCUCUGCUGAAAAAGAAGCAGGAGGCUGGGGAAGUCCUCCCAUCCAAAUACAGGAGACGCACAUUUUCCUACCGAACCUUGGAAAUUAACCAUUCCAUCACCAAGCAAAUCGAGAGUUUGGAGACUGAAAUGGAACUCAGGAGCGCCCAAAUUGCAGAUCUGCAGCAGAAGCUGCUGGAUGCCGAGACCGGCGACCUGACCAAACACCGCUGGGAAAAUAUAGCCACCAUUUCAGAAACCAAGUGUGCCAUCAAGUAUCUGAUUGGAGAACUAGUUGCCUCUAACGUGGAAAUUGGGAAACUUGAAAGCCACCUUCAGCAGAGCAAAGCCAACUGCGUCGACAUCCAUAAGAUGCUUCAGGAAGAGCGGAAGGAGGCUGCAGACACAGAGGCUGAACAGGAGAGGAGGCUGGUCCAGGUUGAGCAGGAAUAUCAAGAGAAGAUUCUCUACCUGCUCAGCCAAGUCCAGCAACAGGAGAAAGGCGACAAAACCACCUCGACUUCCGAAAGGGAGCAGCGGCUUCUGGAUCGCCUACAAUUCCAGGAUGAAGAGCUUGGAAAGAUGAAAGAGGCACUGGAAAAAAAUCAUGAAGUCUGCCAAGAGCUAGAAGCCCUGAAGCAGAAAUUAAAGAUUCUCCAGGUUGCUACAGGAGAGAAGCCCUACGAAGGUUCCAGAUCUGGAGAUGUUUUCGAAUCUCCUUGUGAAUACAUCCCUCCCAAGCCUCACUGGAUGACCACUGCAAAGCCAAAAUCCGAAAUAUGCACCGAGGAAUUCUCAGAUUCAUACAGCUCAGUAGAAGAAGAAAAAGAGGAAAAGGAGUGGUUGCCGACCAAAGUCCCCCGAAUCGUGAGGAACACUUUAGGAAAGAUAUUUAGUGAUGAGCCAAUGGAGAAUGUUCGAAACUUGACAUUCAAACUGGAAGAUCCUACCCAGGUGGCCUGUGGGGACACUUUCUUUGAGCCCCCUGCAAUCACGUCCACCAGAAAGGUCUUGGAAGAACCGAUGGAGCUGGAAACCCAGGGCAGCAUCCUGGCUUCAUUGUCACCCCCGGGACCCUCAGGGAAAGCCAUGAAGCCCACAAAAAAACGUCAGAAGCGAAUUCUGACCACCAGCCGUUUCUUCUCUGGCUGCACCCCAAUCGAGGAGGUCUUGAUGGACAAGAAAUGAAGCCCACUUUUCUUCCAUCACAUACACAGACACACACACACACAGA